CUUUAAAAAGCAACCAAAAAAAAAAGAGCUGUCAUGAUUGAUAUUCAUCAUCACAAAAUAAUGAAAAUUGCCUUAUUCACGUAAUAACAAAAAGAAAAUGAUUUUAUAACAGUCGAAUCGUACGGCAGAUAUUUGUUGGCCCCUCCUCUUAUAUGAUAUCAUAGUCAACAAGAGAACAAAGCCACAGAGAGAGAGAGACACUAAAACCCUAAUCUCUUACUCACUGUCUCUCUUCUUCAAUCCAUGUCUUCAACACAAGAAGCGUCUGUUACUGAUUUGCCCGUGAAGAGACCUAGAGAAGCAGAGGAGGACAAUAACGGCGGCGCCAUGGAAACAGAGAACGGUGGAGGAGAGAUAAAGGAGCCUUCUUGUAUGUCCUCUAUUAUUCCUGGAUGGUUCUCUGAGAUUAGUCCUAUGUGGCCAGGAGAAGCACAUUCUCUCAAGGUAGAGAAGAUUCUAUUCCAAGGGAAAUCAGAUUACCAGGAUGUUAUUGUUUUCCAGUCUGCAACAUAUGGAAAGGUUUUGGUUUUGGAUGGAGUGAUUCAACUCACUGAGAGAGAUGAAUGUGCGUAUCAAGAAAUGAUCACUCAUCUUCCUUUGUGCUCUAUCUCCAACCCCAAAAAGGUACUGGUGAUUGGAGGAGGAGAUGGAGGAGUCCUGAGGGAAGUGGCACGUCAUAGUUCUGUUGAGCAGAUUGACAUUUGUGAAAUAGAUAAAAUGGUGGUUGAUGUGGCUAAGCAGUAUUUCCCUAAUGUAGCAGUUGGAUACGAGGAUCCUCGUGUCAACCUCAUCAUUGGCGAUGGUGUUGCUUUCUUGAAGAACGCUGCUGAAGGAACCUAUGAUGCAGUUAUUGUUGAUUCAUCUGAUCCAAUCGGUCCAGCAAAAGAGCUAUUUGAGAAACCUUUCUUUGAGUCAGUGAAUAGAGCUCUUCGUCCUGGUGGAGUUGUGUGCACACAAGCUGAAAGCUUGUGGCUUCACAUGGAUAUCAUUGAAGACAUUGUUUCUAAUUGCCGUGACAUCUUUAAAGGAUCUGUUAACUACGCUUGGACCAGUGUUCCAACUUACCCGAGUGGAGUCAUUGGAUUCAUGCUUUGUUCAUCUGAAGGACCACAAGUCGAUUUCAAGAAGCCAGUGAGUCUAAUCGAUACUGAUGAAAGCUCUAUCAAAUCACACUGUCCCUUGAAGUAUUACAACGCUGAGAUUCACUCAGCUGCUUUCUGCUUGCCCUCUUUUGCUAAGAAGGUGAUUGAUUCGAAAGCCAACUAGAAAAGAGAAGAGAAAUCAUUUGCUUUAGAGAAACUUCAUGUGGAAGUGAUAAUAUGAUGAUACAAUGAUCCUUUGGAAAAAAAUAAAGAAGUUUUAAUUUUUAGAAUGUAAUGUUCUUUCACCUGCAAUGUUAUGUGACUGCACUGAGCUAUCAAUCUCUUUUUAUAAGCAUUACACAUAUUUCAUAUCCUUUUUUUAACGUUAUGCAUCUAUAAUUGACUAACUUUCGAUUUAAUGUGAUCACAUAAUAUGAUUUAAA